AUAUAUCGAUUUUCGAUAUAUCACUGCAUCCCUAGAUGGCAAUUUAAAAAAGUAACUGUCAAACACUCCAAUUGUUAUGAAAAUAUCUUCAAUUUGUUUUUCACAAAAACUUUUUAAAUAGCGCUUUCUUUUUACUUUUCAUAGAUCUAUAUUUAUAUUAUGAUUAUUCAAGAUAUGGAGAAACACAAUAGAUAAACCUAUACUUCGUGAUGUGUUGAGUUCAUAUUUUCUUUUGUUUUCUUUGAAUAAGAUAUAAUUUCGUUGAUUUGAGAUGGAGGAAGUAAGACAACUUGUGCAGGAGGAAGGCAGAGAGGCAAGAAAUCUUGUUGCCUUCCAUGUUGCCGUUGAUAGUCCAGGUAAAAUACAAAAGCAUGUUUACAUAAAAUGGGAUAGCUCACCGUACAAUAAAAGGCGUAGGCGUUCUAUAUGAACACUAUUUAAAUAUUUCCUCUCUGUUUUAAACUUUCUCAUGGCACGUUCAAUACAAUAGGUAAACGCAUGAUAUCUGUUUUUGAUUCAAUUUAGUUGCACAAAAAAUAAAUUUUACAUACAUGAAUUAUUUUUGUGCUUUUUAGAAAAACAGUAGUUAAAUUGCCCUUUUGUUAUAUAGCAACUAAUUUCUGAUUUGUUUUUAUUAAUGUGGUAAAUGAAUACUGAAAAACGACUCAUUGAUGCUUUAUAAUAUGUGCCUUCAGUGCAUAAGCCUCAGUCAUUGUAAGCCAGUUCUUUUUAUUGAAAAUUAUUUCAGAACUUACAAAUUAUAAAUGAACAAUAGGUUACUAAUUCACUAUUCUAAAGUAUUUAUGUGGGUUCAUGUUAACAUUUUAUUGAAGAAGAUUUGAAUAUAAUUUAAGUAAUAGUGAAAUAUCUAUGUAAUUGAUUAUAAUUAAUAAAUAGUACACUUAGAGCUAGGUUUUUGUUUUAUUUUAAAUCCCCAUGUAAAUAUCUGUUAUUCUAAAAUAGUACAAUCAUCAAAUAAAACCACUGCCAUCAGCUAUUAUUGAAAUAAAAUAAAUUCACCAAUUUUCAUGCUUCAGUUGAUAGAUUUAAAUAGUUGAUUGAAUUUACAUCUAAGUAACAAAAUUAUGUUUGUAUAAAGUUCUAACUGUAUAUUAUAUAGUCUAACUAUAUAUGUACAUACAACAAAACAUCAAAACAUUGUAUAGUCAUGAUCAAAAAGUUAGUAAAUAAAUGUUAUAAAAAAAAUGACAAUUGUGGAUAAUCAAAUAAAGGAAUGCUGUUAUGCCAAUAAGGUACAUAUUAACACUGGAAAGCAAACACAUGGUAACUUGCAAAAGACCUGUAUUAGAUUUAUACUGAGAUAUAUGGAAUUAUAAAGGAAGAGUUCAGAUUUAUAGUUAUAAGAUUAUUAUGACAUAUUGUUUAACAGCGAGAGUGUCUCGCAAGCCGCCGCGGUGCCUUGGCGGUCCGGUUAUUCGUCGUGCUCCGCCCCGCACUGCUCGGCGCUCAGCCUCCGCCGGCCGCGAUAAGCGUUCUGAACUACGAGCCAGAUAUUGGGCGCUACUUUUUGGUGAUCUACAAAGGGCUAUUGGUGAAAUCUAUAAUACUGUGGAAGCCCAUGAGAAUUUAAAUGAGUGCCAAGAAGUUAUACUAGUCUUAGAGAAUUAUACCCGCGACUUCAAAGCUUUGGGAGAAUGGUUUAGACUUAAGUGGGAAUAUGACAAUACACCACCUCCGCAACGGCCACAGAGCUUAGCUUGGGAGAUCAGAAAGACUGAUUUCGUGCGACCUGAAUCUAGGCGCGCGCACUCUGUAAAAAGUUCUCCUUCGGUCUCAGGGAAAAAUAGUCCUUGUCUUUCUGGACACAAUACUCCAAGUGGCAAAAAUAGCCCCAACUUAACAGGCAAAGCUAGCCCAGGAAGUGGUAAAAUAAGUCCAAGAAUAUCUGCAAGCUAUUCAAAUACUAGUCCAAAAGCCAGCAUUGAGUUCUUUACUAGUAAAAUUACAGCUGCUAAAGUAACUACUAAACCAGAGCCCAAAUCUGCAAAUGAAAGCACUAGGCUAUCAGAUAUAACAGAGAAAGAAAUCAAAGAACUUUCUGAAGAAGUUAUUGAAAAUCAUGAGCCUGGAAAUAAUAUGAAGGAAGAAGCUAAAGCUACACUUGUUAUAGAAAUAGGCAAAGCUAAAGAAUCCUCUCAAGCUAGACCUAAACAAGUUGUUAUCAAAAAUAUAAAACAAAAUGCUGCAAGCACAGUUAAGAAUUCCAUUGAGUCUGACACAUAUAGCAAUAAUAAUAGUAGAGCUCAGGAUAUAAAAACAAAACUAGAUGCAAUGGAAUUAAUUUUUUUAAAUAAACAGCUAUCUGAAUCUGAAAUUAAGAAUGAAAAUAUGCUUAAUCAGGAUAGGGAAUAUGAAAACGUUAUUGAAAUAAAAAAAGCACACCACUUUGAAUUCCAAGAAAAUAAAAAUGACGAUAUUCAGGAGAAGUCUGUAGAGCCUAUCGAUGAAGAAAGUAAUACUUCUGAAUCUCCCACUAAAUCUGAGGAUAACUUCGCUGAUAUUUCCAACGAAAGUCCUGAAGCGAAUAAAGCAGAGACUAAUUUAAAUGAAAAUUCAGCUAACAAAAUUGUACUAUUAGAAAGUAAAUUUGUACACGAACCAACAGAAACCAAGACAGAUCAAGAUUCACAAGAACAGGAUAUAGCAAACACAAAUACUUCAUCAAAGAAGAAUGUGGAACAAUUAGAAACUGUGAGUAAUAAAGAGGAUUCUAAAAAAGAUAUCGAGACUAAGAAAGAUGGUAGUGUCGUCAAAGCUAAUUCUGAGACGAAACCUAGUAUAAGACCUGCUUACUCUCAAGCAGCUGCCAAACCAAAACCAGUCACUGCAGCGAAAAUGGAAGUAAGAACACCAACAAAAUCUACUUUAGUUCGAAGUAAAACUGUUGUUGAAAUACGACCUUCAUGUGCUACGAAACCACAAAGACAGUUUGCAAAAAAAAAUCUAGCUAGCAAAUGCAGUUAUCCAUUUAACCUUACAACAGGCAGGACAAGUCUAUUUGAUUCAUCCACAACACAAAAUAGAAAUGUUCCUAUGAGGAAGACAGUAAAUAAAACCAUGCAAAUGGCAGCUGGAGAUGGAAAAUCUAGUCAAAUAAAAAUUGAUAUUAAGAAACGUCCACCAAGACCUACAACAUUAAAAACAAAUGACAAAGUUAGUAGCAAAGAGAAGCUCAACCCUGCUUUGGAGAAGAUUAAAGACUAUGAAGAAUAUAGUAGUACAGAUACAAUAGUUACGCAAAUCGAUAUGUCUCGAAUUGAAUCAAGCGAAAGUUUGAAGACAUUAGUGCCAGAUGAUUUACAGAUGAUACAAGAUGUUGCCAAUUCUAUAGAAGUACUUAACGUAGAUAAUAAUAAAAAUGACAAUGAAGGCUGGUUAACUGUGAAGUCUAGACGUUUAAGUCGGGAGUCAAAGAAACAAUCUAAAUCGCAUUGGGCACAAAGAUUCCACCAACCUUCGGUCACGACAAGUCUCCCAACAUUAAAUAUGAUAGAAUCUCCUAAACAAGAGUUAAAGCCAAUCAUAGAUUCUCCCAGACAUGCCAAAUCAGAUAGAGCUAAAUCCGAGCAACCACAAGUCGCAGCUAUUGUUAUGAAAACUGAUAUGCCUAAUACAUGUACAGAAGUAGUAAAAACCGAUAAUUGCAAUAAACCCACUGAACUAGCAAAAGUGUUAAAAACGGAAAAAAUUGGUAAAGUUUCAGAUAGUGUUAUUCUUAAAUCAAAAAUUAUAGAUCCUUCCAUGAUUCGUCAGAAAUCGGACGUAACCGGCCUUAAAACUAGGUCUUCACGUAGUAAAGCGUUGAAAAAGUCUGAAAAACAGAAAGAUGAGAUGCUUACGAACGAAGAGUCUUCUGAUUUGACUAAAAAUAGACUUCAUUCUUCUUUAGAAAGCCUAACCACCGGUUUAGCUAGAUCCCAAGAAAGUACCGAGGACGCUUUUGAUUUCGAUAAAUGGAAAGCAGAGUUCAAAUCUACCUUUAAGUAUUUAGAUGACGACGAUCAAAUAAUUUUAAAUCACGAUGAGAUUUUGGAGUCGGCUGAUCCUUCAGAGCGGUCUGAAAUAGCGGAAAUGACCUCUCAAAUAGAAGAAAACGAAAAGAAGUUGGGUUGGGCCCUCGAUUUCCAGUCUGAAGUUGAUCAAAGAAAGUUAUGUGAGGAAGAAGACUUAUUAAACAGACAAAUCAUGGAAUUGCAGCAGGUGUCAGAUGUAGAUUUGGACACUGAAACAGACGAUACUGAGGUAAGUCAAUCAGUUAUUUAUUGACAAGAUAUUCAACUAAAGCAAAUUUGUGAGUUGUAUCCAUUGUAGGAUUUCGUUGCAAGGAAAAUUAAGAUUCAUGUUCAGUGUAGGGUUGAAUAGUAUGUAGAACGACAACGAUAUUUUUCAAUAUUACGUUAGUUUAUCUAGUAGAUGUUGAAUAUUAUUUAUUAUUAUUUUUUUAACGUUUGUGCUCUGAUGUCGAUAUAGACAGAUGCGGAGAUGUUAUGUGAAGAACCGACAGUGAUAGAGGAACCAGUCGGUAGUUUGGAAGACCGGUACGAAACGGCACUCGCAGGCAUGUCCUGGGCAGAGAGAGUCGAUACACUUGGCGCACUCGAAGCACUCGUCGCUAGAGAUCCGGGUGAGUAUAAAUAUAGAGAGAUUGCUUUCCAUCCUUGUCUGGGUGAAAAAGGGGCUUGAAAACCGCCUUAAGGGUCGAAUUUCUAAAUAUGCUUCCUUAUUGUCUACUCCACAAAAUAAGUUAAUGACCAAAGAGCUGACUUAAAUAACGAAAUAACAAGUAAGUGAAUGAGGACAAGUUAUUUUAUAAGUACACACGCCAUUAUAUUUAGUUAUUAAAAUAUACAGGAAUAAUUUAAAACCACUGCGAAGAUUUUGUGAAAACAAUCUUUAAGUAAUUUAAAUAAACACGUAUUUUUUAUUUUGAUAUGUUCUAAUACUAAAAAAUAAAGUUAUUG